AUGCGGCGGUGCGGCUGGUGGCUGCUGCUCUGCGCCUUCGGGGUUGCCGCUGCCCGCAGUGGAGGCAACGGGCAAUGUUUGGACGGGAUCACCAUCAACGUGAUCCUGCUGGAGGACGAGGAGUCUCCCUGGAGCCUGAAGUACGUGCAGACCAAAAUCCUGGAAGCCAUAGAGAAAGACGCAGAGAUUAACGCCGCACAAGCGUUUGGAUUUAAUCUGACAGCGAACUUCGAAGGAUUCAACACGACCAUCUACCGGCAGGCCGGCUGCUACAGCAGCCCGUGUGAAGCGGUGGAGACGCUGCGGAAGCUCAUGAGCACAGGUAAACUCGGCUGCGCUGUUCUCGGACCAACCUGCACCAUAGCAACGUUCCCGUUAGUGGACGCAGAGAAAGGUUUUGGGCUGAGCACGCCCAUCAUCUCGGCGGGAAGCUUCGGCCCGUCCUGUGACUUCGCCCUCAACCUGCAGCGGGUUCUGCCUCCGGCGCGGAAGAUCUCCGACUUCUUCAGCGGCUUUUGGCAGGAAGAAAACAUCCUGAAGCCCAAGUGGAAAACGGCCUACAUCUACAAAAAAGCCAACAACACGGAGGACUGCUUUUGGUAUAUCAACGCACUGGAAGCCGACGGCAUCAAAAACGUUUCGGAAACGGUUCUGCGCGGACCAAAGGAAGUGGAAGCUGUUCUCUCACAGACUAACAGGACGAGCAACCUGGUCAUCAUCUGCGGCUCGGUGUCAGACUUACUGGAGUUGAAGAACGACUCCAGAGGAGCCGACAGCAGCGACUUCCUCUUCAUCCUCAUUGAUCUGUACAAUGAUAUUUACUACAAGAGCCUGUCGCGGCCGGAGAUGAGGAACGUUCUGGUGCUGACCAUGCCCAACUCCAGGCGGUACGACAUCAACGCUGACCUGAAGGGCAACAACAUGAUGAACGACUACAUGGCUGCGUAUCACGACUCAGUGCUGCAUAUAGGAAACGUGAUGAGAGAGAUCGCCACCAAAAAUCAGUCCGAGAUUCAAGAAAUGAACUUUGUGAAUGUGAAUUACUUCAGAAAUGUUGUCUUUAAUGGAAUUGCAGGAGAAUAUAAGUUAGACAAGUACGGAGACAGAGAUGUGAACUUUUCCAUCAUGUACACAACAACUAAACUCGAGUAUAAAUGUUUAUUCACCUUUGACACUGAAAACGCCAAAACAACGAUGGAGGACGAAUCUCCGGCCUUCAUCUGGGGGAAGAAGCUUCCCGACUACAAGCCAAAGAAUGACUUGCUGACUGGCCCUCCGAUCCAAGACAUCAUCGUGGGCGUCCUGGCUGUGACAGUGGUCGUCGUGGCAACCAUCGCAUUUAUCUUCUACAGACAGAACAGGAAAGACCGGCUCCUCAGGAAGCGCUGGUCCCACAUCAACUCUGACCUCAUCUCUCUGCUGGAGGACGGCGAACACAACAUCAUCUCCCUGCAGAUAGAAGAAGAAGAAAGGAAGAAGAAAUUCAAGAUCCGCCGAGCGCUUUACGACAGAAAGAUUGUGAUUCUGAAGGAGCUGAAGAACUGUGAAGGGAACUUCAAAGAGCAGACAAGAGAUCUGAAUGCGCUUCUGCUCAUCGACUAUUACAACCUCACAAAGUUUUAUGGCACGGUGCGGUUUGACGAGGGCGUGUUCGGCGUCUUUGAGUACGGAGAGCGGGGGUCGCUCCGGUACGUGCUGGACGACAAAGUGUCGUACCCAGAGGACACGUUCAUGGACUGGGAGUUCAAGAUCUCCGUCAUGUACGACAUCGCCAAGGGCAUGUCUUACCUCCACUCCAGCAACAUCCAGGUCCACGGCCGCCUCAAGUCCACCAACUGCGUGGUGGACAACCGCAUGGUGGUGAAGAUCACCGACUUCGGCUGCAACGCCUUCCUCAGCAGCAGCAAAGACCUGUGGACGGCUCCGGAGCACCUGAGGAACCAGGGAACGUCGCAGAAAGGAGACGUGUACAGCUUCGCCAUCAUCUCCCAGGAGAUCGUUCUGAGGCGCAGCACCUUCUACUCCAAGUCCUGCUCCGACCGCUCAGAGAAGCUGUCCAGGGUGAUGACGUCCUACUUCAGACCGGACCUCGACGUUGAGAUGGCUUCAGAGAAAGAACGAGAGGUUUACAUGAUGAUAAAAAGCUGCUGGGAUGAAGAUCCGGAGAAAAGACCCGACUUUAAGAAAGUGGAGAACUGCCUGGGGAAGAACAUCAGUAAAAUCCACAACCAGGACAACGAGAGCUACAUGGACAACAUGAUCCGGCGGCUGCAGAACUACUCCAGGAACCUGGAGCACCUGGUGGAGAAGAGAACGUCGCUGUACAAAGCCGAGCGGGACCGGGCCGACUUCCUCAACUUCAUGCUUCUUCCUGGGCCGGUGGUGAAGAGCCUGAAGGAGAGCGGCGUGGUGGAGCCGGAGCUGUACGAUGAGGUCACCAUCUACUUCAGCGACAUCGUGGGCUUCACCACGCUGUGCCAGUACAGCACGCCCAUGGAGGUGGUGGACAUGCUCAACGACAUCUACAAGGGCUUCGACAGCAUCCUGGACCAUCACGACGUCUACAAGGUGGAGACAAUCGGCGACGCCUACAUGGUCGCCUCCGGCCUGCCGCGGAGGAACGGGAACCGACACGCGGUGGACAUCUGCCGCAUGGCGCUGGACAUCCUGUCCUUCAUGGGCACUUUCCAGCUGCGCCAUCUGCCCGGCAUCCCGGUGUGGAUACGCAUCGGCGUUCACUCAGGUCCGUGUGCCGCAGGCGUCGUGGGGAUGAAGAUGCCCAGGUACUGUCUGUUUGGCGACACGGUCAACACGGCGUCACGGAUGGAGUCUUCUGGACAACCGCUGCGGAUUCAUGUCAGCGAACCCACCAUCCACAUCCUGCAGCGCACCGACUGCAAGUUCCAGUAUGAGAUCCGAGAAGAAACGUACCUGAAGGGUAAAGGAAAGGAAACGACUUACUGGCUGACGGGAGAAACAGGGAAAGAUUACGACCUUCCGACUCCACCAACAACAGAGAACGUCCAGCGUCUGCAGCAGGAUCUCGCCAACAUGAUCCUGACGUGUCUGGAGCGCCGAAAACGAGGGUCGGUGCGGAGGAGGAAGGUGCGUACCGGCGAGGAAGAGGAGGACGACGAAGAGUCAGAGGUGGAGUCUGAAGGCGGCCAUCUUGAGUAUCUGCAGCUGGCCACCGUGGAAAACACGCUCAGCACCUUCCUGUAGACAAACCGCGUCUCCUCCAGCUGAGACGGAGGAACAAAGAUGGUGGACGAACUUUGUAAAAUCUUUUAACCCUUAAAGGUUUAUAUUUCUCCUCAGAUGUUUUGUUUUAUGAUAAAAUGUUAAAUAUUUUCCUCCUACUGAGGCCAAACUCCAGCCGCUUUGCAAAUUAAUCUUUCCUGUACAUUACAUAUGUCAAAGUCAAGGCCUGCGGGCCGUAUUAAAUUAUCUAUGGCCCCCUG